AUGUCAUGGCUUUCGGUGAUUCCUGUAGGAGCUCAGGCUGUUGGAAUAUUACUCAAUGCAGUUGGUCUUGGUAAAGAAUCAAAGCCAUCGAUUGACGAAAAGUGUAUGCGAUUGCUUGAAAACGAACAACGCGCGCGGCUUGCAGAAUUAGAUAAUAAAAAGUUAAUAGAAGAAAUGCAAAGAAAGGAAGAAGCUCAAAAAGAAAAAGAUCGUGAAGCAGAUGCUCAAUAUAAAAAAUUACAUGAACGAAUGGUGGAAUUAUUAGAAAAGCUAGAGAAAAAGAAAUUAACAUCUUUCGACGCUAUUGCAGAUAAUGAUAAAGAAGCAAAAGGAGCAAUUAGUAAAUUAGCAAAAGAAGCUAAACCACUUGGAUUGGAAGGUAAUAAUAUUGCGCUUUUUGGUGUAACAUCUGCUGGAAAAUCAACAAUGCUUAAUAAACUCUAUGGAAAGAAAGUAGCUGAAACAGGAAUUGGUGAAACCACUCUUGAAAUACAAUCUUAUGCAGCCAAAGGUUUUACUCUUUGGGAUAUUCCUGGUAAAAAUGAUGAAGUAUCAUAUAUGAGUAUGCAAUAUAUGUCAUUUUUCAAAGGAUUAACACAUCGCAUUAUUCUUGUUACAUAUACAGUUAAAGAAAAUUCAAGUAUGAUGAAAUUAUUAGAUGCAAUUGGAUUAGAUUAUGAUAUUGUUGUUAAUAAAAUGGAUCAAAUUGAUGAUGAAGAAGAACCAAGAUUUCGGGAAGAAAUUCAGAAAGAAGUACAAAGACUUGGAUUGAAAGGUAUAGGUCGUAUUUUUUAUGUUAGUGCCAAAUUUCCAGCACAAUUUCCUGAUUGGCUUGCGAUGGUUGAUUAUUUAACAAAUCCUCGAAAAUAA